AGAGAACGCAAGCGCAGUGGCUGCAGGGAGGGGGGUACAGAGUGGCGGAUAAUGGGAUUGAGAAAGCGAGAAGCAGGAGUAGAGAGAAACAGACAGACAGAGAGAGAGAAAGAGAGACAGAGUUGGGGUACACCUGACCUUAAGAAGGGAGGGUAGCUCCUCUGCUAGCCACAUACCCACACUUACACACACACACACACACACACACACACACACACAUACAUACGUACACUGUGCUAACACGCAGAGGCAGUGAGCCAGCAAGCAGAGAGCGUGUCGACCAGCAGCCAUGACAGACACCGACUCUCUAAGCGAGGCCCUAAACGCUAUCAGUGUGAGUACAGAGCUGAUUGAAGAGGAGCUCAAGCCGCAUUUGGACACAAUGCUGGCUGCUCUUCUGGAAAAGAAGAAGGAUGCUGCUGUUGAGAUCGCCAGAAGUGGGAUUCUACCCACACUGGCUCAAGCCUUAAGGAGCCAAAGCUGCCUGAGCUGCCAGGUGGCUCUGGUGGUGGCAGAGAUGGCCAGAGAAGCUGCAGUCAGGGAGCCGUGCAUCGAGGCGGGCCUGGUGAAGGUGCUGGUUCCCCAUCUGAGCAGCAAUAACCAGGAGAUGCUGCUGAACACCGGCAGGGCCAUCGGACGCAUCUGCUUCGACAGCUCAUACCAACAGGACCAGUUAGUCCAGAGCGGUGUGAUCCCCAGACUGGUGUCCAUUAUAAGGGAGUAUCCAGAGAACGAGCCCCUGGUCAAUGUCUGCCUGCUGGCCCUCUGUAACCUGGCUGACAUGGACUCUUCGAGGGAGGCCCUGACUGAGCUGGAUGUGGCAGGUAUACUGACCUUUCAGCUGAAACGGGCACCGGAUGCAGAACGCCGACACAUCAUCCUUGAGAUAUUGGGCUCACUGGGCGAGAGCGAUACACUGAAGCUGCAGUUUGCAGAGUCCGGAGUACCAGCGGCUUUAUCAGAGAUGAUUCAGGGUCUGCAGGGAGGUUCUGACCCACACGACCUCUGCAGCAUCAAGAUCGCCUCCAACCUCAUCGUGUCCCUGCUUUUGGGAGAUGAGUCCAUGCAGAAGUGUUUUGGUGAGGGAUCAGGUCUGGUGUAUCAGGAUGUUCUGUCAUGGCUACAGAGCCACAACACCCAGCUACAGCUGUCCGGAGCCCUGGCCAUCGCCAACUUCGCCAGGAACGACAGUAACUGUGUGAAGAUGCUGGACCUCGGUGUGGUUCCUCACAUCCUGACCUUGUUGGAGCAGCAUGUCGACGAAGGAGACGUGUCCGUUCAACAUGCUGGACUGAGCGCGCUCAGAAACCUGGCCAUCCCCGCCACCAACAAAGUGCGAAUGCUGGAGGACGGGGUGACUGAGAGGAUAAAGACCUUGCUGCGCUCCGACAUGCCGCCAGUUCAGUUCAAACUGCUGGGUACACUACGCAUGAUGGUGGACGGACAAGAGGAGGCAGCUUUGGUGCUGGGGAGGGACGCUGUGCUGCUGGCUCGAGUCAUGGAGUGGUGUGAAGCCAAAGACCACGCAGGAGUGCGGGGAGAAGCCAGUCGCCUCUUGGCUGCCUUCAUCAGACACAGCCGCAACCCUGAAGUUGUCCAUGCUGUAGCCAAAGCAGAUGGGGUUCGGCACCUUAUCUCCAUGGCAACAAGUGAACAUGUCAUCAUGCAGAACGAGGCCUUGGUUGCCCUGGCGAUAGCAUCUGCCAUUGACAUUGAGUCUGUGAAGGAGCCGUUUAGGGAGGCAGAGCUGUUGCCCAUGCUGAAGAAGAUGUUGGAGGAUCCUGUUGGGGCAGUCGAAGUCAAGUUCAGUGCUUUAGGUCUCAUCUGCAGCCUGGCUAACUCCAGUGUGAUGAAGGUGGAGUUGAACUCUGUGAACAUGAAGGAAAGCCUCAGUCUACUGACAGAUCACAGCAGCAGUAAACUUGCCUCGCAGGCCAGCUCCAUACUGGCCACUCUCAGCGACACCAGCUAAACCAGCACACUGCAUAAACAAUGGAUCUCAUCUGCUGAACGGAUUAACCGGCUUACUCAAUAACUCAUCCUCACAACCAACCUGUUUAGGUGUAGAAAAAGUGCGGUUUACGUAAACAUUAACUAAAUAACAACACAUCACUAUUAAGUCACUAAAUGGUUGAUGGACUUGAAUUUGUAUAGCACCUUUCUAGUCUUCCGACCACUCGAAGCGCUUUUACUCUAUAUGUAACACCCGUUCACCGAUAUUCAUACACUGGCAGAGACUAGCGAGUUAUUAACGAGUCAUGUAACUAAUGUACUAAUGACUCACGACAAAAUAUUAAUGUUUACAUUUAGUUACGCAAGGGACACGAACAGCGGUCUCCUGGACAAAAGUCCUGUGUUUGUUUGACCCCUUCACUUCCUGCCUGCCAUGUGUGGGCCAUCCCUCGCUUUAUAAUACCUCAGUUGCUCUGACUAUCGACUAAUGACGCAGAUGGGUUUAAAUUGGAGUCAGUUGAAAGCCCGGUGUGUCUCACACAGACACUAAAGGGUGCCUUGGUGUGUCAGUAUCAGACUGAGGAGCGCUGACCAACUGUUGGUAUUUGACGAGUUAGGAGUGAGACCAGGUAUAUUCAAUGGCAUACUUUAAUUCAAAUAAUCUUACUGCACAGAUACUGCUAAAUAUUGCAAUGGCUUCUAAUAAAAUGGAUUUUGUGUUGCAAUAAUUACUAAUUACGGACAAGCAAGACUUAAAAUCAAGGGGUUCAUUCGAUCAGGAGCAUGAAUGUACUCAACUUUUUCCAUGGAUAUCUACCGGAUAGAUUAUGAGACAUCCUUUGCGCAAAGUUGACAUUUUGGACGAAGGGUAGAGUUUGCAAAAAAGUUUAAGGUGUCCAAAAACGAAAGGGUUAGUGUCUGGGGAGCAUGAAUGUGCUUAGUACAUUUGAUGGUAAAACUGUCUAUUAGAUUUUGACAUUUCUUUAAUACAAAUGCACAGUAAAUGUAGUGUUACGGCCUUUACACAGUGGGGAAGUGAUGAAUAACCGACAUGACAAUAUGCAAAUAUUUCAUAUCAAAACUGUUCAUACCGGCGUACCUUUUCCUGAACACAACUACCAAGAUCCUAUUCACACAGAGAAGCAUUCGGCAGUUAGAUAUUUUAUUGAGUUACUUUGAGUUCCCUCUAGUUAACAGCUACACAGUGUAUAUGUCAAGCAGAAGGAGUGGAUCUGGUAUGCGCUGCCUUUGUCAAGGUUGAAUGGUGCAAUGAAGUUUUCCAUCUUGGUUUGGGAUGUUGCACACUAUAGUGUACAUUUGGAAUAUGUCCGUUCUGCAUGAAAAAAGACUCACUGGAUGUAGACUGUGAGACCUUCGCUGCAUCCUGUGCUUAGCUCCGCCCAAGUCCAUUGUGAUUGCUUUAAAGAAUUGCAAACAAACCAGAGCGUUUUAUCCUCUUUACCAGAACAACAAUCUGUGACGCCAGACAUUUCUUUAGAGCUGACACAGCUGCCUUUUUUGCCAUGUAAUAUUUGUGUUCUGUGCAAAGGUACCCAUGUUAAUAUGUUGACAUUUAAUUGCACAAAGAUAAAACCGCCUGUGUGUAAAGGCUGUUAGUUGUGGCAUUAUAGAGGAAGAUUCAGGGGUUCUGCAAAAUCUGAAGAAUUCAGCUUCCUUGGAUGAUGUAUCCACAUAAAUUGUUAUUGAAAAUCCCGUCUUUAGUUAUCAAAAUAAGUUGUCAUGGCCUGUAGUUUUUGUGGUAUCUUGUUCUGGAACAAAGUGGUCACCUUCUUUGGGCUCCACUGGAAGAAGUUCAAAAAUACUAGAGGAAAACAUUUCAUCUGAUGGGAUGCAAGCCUAUGAUGACCAUUUGGUAUGCACGGAGUUUUACUCCUAAACUUUCUACGCUAAUAUCUAUUCUUUUAGUACAAGCUCAGCUGCAAGUACAUCACAUGAAGUUCAGUCUCUCUCUCUAUUUGUCUCUGUUGUCAUGGAGAUGGCGCCGUUGUCAUCACAUGACCAACACGAAGGAUUUGUACAAAAUAUGAAGUUAGAAUUGCUAGAAUUUAAUGAAUUAAUUUGAAUGACUCCAGCUACAAAUAGAAACACUGGCUGAGAUUGUUAAUAUCAAUUUGAAUGUGCAGUGCUUUGGGCUUGCUUGCUAUCUUUAUUGGUUUAAAAUGUACUUUAAGAUUGAGGUGUUUUUAAUGGGCUGAAACCUACAUAACCAGCUCAGCCACCAUCAAAGCGCUUUAAACCAUACUGUCCACGCUGCAAAUCACCACUGUCAUUCUGAAUCGUGUCAAACAGAACUAUUAAUGGAGCCACAAUAACAAGUAAUACAUCUGCAUGGCCUUAGGUUAGUAGUGAUAUCAUGACCCAACCCAACUUGGUUAUGCUUAAUGAACCUUUGUUGUCGCAUAGUUAAAGAAUGAACUAUUUGGUUAUUGUUGGACAUGGUUAGAAGAAAUCAACAUAGCUUCUGGUACUACUUAUAAUCCCAUGCAGAGGAAUCAUGCUCUGUCAGCCUGAAGUCUUGUUCACAGUAUACUAGAAAAACCUGCAUAUUGUGCUGGAUAUGCUGGGAUAUUGAGAAGAAAAGACUCUUUCUAUGGGAGCUAACUUAAUGGCAGGAACCAGUUUGUAAAUACUUAAUGCGUUAGUUUCUACUUAUUGCUAAUUUGGGCGUGAUGGCCACAGAGGGUGUGUCUUCAGUACAAUUAAUUUAGUGUCAAGAAACAGUAGUAUUAAUAACAGUACAAUCCUUCCUGCAGACUUUGAUUGAGGUUAGGCAUUGGCCUUGUAUGGUUGAGGUUAGACAUUGUCCUCCAAUGCUUGAGGUUGAGGUUAGGCAUUGUCCUCCAACGGUUGAGGUUAGGCAUUGACCUCCAAUGGUUGAGGUUAGGCAUUGUCCUCCAAUAGUUGGGGCUAGGCAUUGUCCUCCAAUGGUUGUGGUUAGGCAUUGAUCUCCAACGGUUGACGUUAGGCAUUGACCUCCAAUGGUUGAGGUUAGGCAUUGUCCUCCAAUAGUUGGGGCUAGGCAUUGUCCUCCAAUGAUUGAGGUUACACAUUGACCUCUAACAGUUGAGGUUAGGCAUUGACCUCCAACGGUUGAGGUUAGGCAUUGUCCUCCAAUGGUUGAGGUUAGGCAUUGUCCUCCAAUGGUUGAGGUUAGGCAUGGACUUUGAUUGGUAAAGGUUUUUUACUAACUGUUUUGCUACCAUCUAAACAAUUAACCAGUUAUCCAAUUGCUCGUCCAUGCAGCUCCAGCAUAACAGUAAUAGCCAUGGCUAACACCUCUCUAAAGAAAGCUUCCUGAUUGAUGUUAUAGUCUACAGCAAACUUGAUGGUUCUCCAUCUCAUGGAGGAAUCCAAGAAGCACAAAGUGAAGAAGCCACAUGCACAACAUUAUUGUAUAUACAGUGUUCUAAGCAAUUCAGUGUGCAUUUAUAGUUGAGUAAGCAGAGGAAAUGGUGAGCAUGUGUGCUCUACACAACGUAAAGUGAAAAAUCUGGCAAUGGACAUGAAGCAGCAGUUCUGUAUAAUGUUUUAUGUAAUAUCUGUAUUGACAUAUUCAGUAUACAUAACUAGAUAUCACUUUAAAUCUGUGAACAAAUCUGUAUAUUUUUCAGGGAGGGCAUUUUUGACAUUUUCUGAGCUAUGUUCUAGAGAGAUAAUAAUAAAGUCAUGCAAUGUCUUCCCCGAAAAGAUGUCUAUUGUUUGUUUGUUUCCUUUAAUAAAUGAAUAUGAAAUGUG